AUGCACGACUUUGUGGGAAAUAUACGAAGGUUUAGACGAGUUUGUGAACAUAUACAAGCUCAAGUGUGUACGAGAAGACCUCCUCCUAGUCCGAGGGCUCAAAGGAAGUUUACUACGGAAUUAAGCGAAAGUUCAAGUUGUGGUUCAGAUUCUAGUGAAUUGUUUUUGAAUACAAGGCAGGUUCACUUUCAUUCUAUGAUCGAAUCAAAAACUGAAUUAAAGAAAAAACUUAAUAAACAAGAAAAAACAAAACACAAAAUUAAUAGAAGAUUACGGAAAAUUUAA